AUGGGACGCCGCGGAUCGAGCCGUGGCAACCCCGACCAGAAGCCAUUUCACCCCGCUGCUCCACUCACCGCUAAUAUGAACGUCGAAUGUCACCCAGCUAAUCAUCCGAAGCUUUCAACGCACGAAGCUUUUUCUCAUGAAGAUCCGCUGUUCAGCGAGGGCAUAAAUGAAGACAGGGAGCCCGAGGUAGAAGAUGGAUUGGAAAGUGAUGAUUGCGAGAUCUACGCCAUGGAAGAUGAGAUGGACCUGGGCGGCAACAUCGAUCCAAUGGCGGACAAUCAUCACGUAGCACCGGUCAUGGACGAGUCUGACUCUGACAACGACUCCAGCACGAAUAGCAACUCGCACAGUGGCUACGACAGUGAAGAGAGCGUCGACGCCUAUGAGCUCCAAGGCGACAACGACGACGACAAGCCCCAGACCCCAGCCACUUCCCUCCCCGCGCCUCUCGCAGCAGCAACCGGCAAGCGCGACUCAACCUCGGCCACCACCUCCACCCACAACACCACCGCCUCAAGCCGCACAGCCCCAAACCCCCGCGCGCGGGGCUUCGCCAAGGGCGGCCGCGCCAUCGGCACCACGCUCGACGCCGUCGACACGACAAUCUUCAGCAUGAAGGCGGCGGGCCACGGCGACAAAGGGAUCGCCACGCUCCUGCGCGACAAGGGGCUGGCGACGUACGACCCCAAGACCAUCUCGACGCGGUACCGCCGCCUGCGCGAGGCCAAGAUGGCCGAGACGGACGCGGCGCUGCGCACGCGCCGCCGCCGCUGGAGCGCCGAGGAAGACGCGGUGCUGAUGGACGCGCACGCGCACGCGCUGCGCCGGCAGGAGAGGGAGAUGGCGCGGCUGCGCGCGAGGCUGUUCACGGACGUGGCGUUUUGCGUGGCGGAGAGGCUGCCGGGGGCUUUCUACUCGGCGGAGGCGUGCGAGGGGAGGUAUGGGGAGUUGAGCAGCGGGGCGGCGGUGACGGAGAGGGAUUUUGGGGAUCCCGAGUUUGAGAGGGCGGAGGGGAGGAGGAGGUUGAUGGCGGUUUGGGAGGCGGACUUGGAGAGGGCGCAGAGGGAGGCGAGGGAGUGGGAGGAUGGGGUUCUGAAGGAGCUGGUGGCGGCUGAGAAGGAGAGGAGGGCGGAGAUGAAGGCGAAGAGGGGCGGCACGGUCAGAGAGGCGCUGGCGAAGCGUGGGCCGGUGAAGAGAGGCAGGGCGAAGAGAUCUAGGGCCAAGACGGCUGAGACAGACAGCGAGUAG